AUGUCCGACUUCGACCCCUCCACUUUGACCGCCGAGCAACUACCUGAGCUCCUCAAAGAUGACCUCGCAGUCAAAGUCGCAGGCAUAGACGUCGAUGGCAUCUUGCGCGGGAAGCUUAUGGCGAAGAAGAAGUUCCUUAGCAUAGCGAAUGAAGGCUUUGGCUUCUGCAGCGUCAUCUUUGGCUGGGAUAUGCAUGAUCAGACAUAUUUCAAGGAACUGGCCAUAUCGAACAAGGAGAACGGAUAUCGCGACUUGAUUGCUGUACCAGAUCUGUCGUCAUACAGGAGGAUACCAUGGGAAAACAAUGUGCCAUUCUUCCUCAUCAGUUUCCACGAUCCCGACACAAAGUCCACCCUCAGCGCAUGCCCGAGGAGUCUCUUGAAACGCGCCGUGGACAAGUUGAAGGACAAUGGCUACGGUGCCAUGGCCGGAGCUGAAUACGAGUUCUACCAAUUCCGCGCGCCCCAGAGCCAUGAUGGAUCUGAGAGAAACACUUCGAGCACCGCUGCCUUCUUGCGCGACAACGCUGUAACCUCGCUACCAAGUCUCACAGAGGGCAUGUUCGGAUACAGUAUCACGCGACCCGUCCACAACCAAGAAUACUAUUAUGGUAUCUUUGACACAUGCGCAAAGUUCAGGUGUGGAAUUGAAGGAUGGCAUACCGAAUCUGGGCCCGGUGUCUUUGAGGCCGCCCUCGAAUUUGGUGAGAUCCAACAGAUGGCGGACAGGGCGUCCCUUUUCAAGCUCGUGGUCAAGUCUCUCGGAUCCAAAUUCGGCAUAACACCAUGCUUCAUGGCGAAACCGCGCGAAGGUCUUCCCGGAAACAGUGGCCACAUGCACGUAUCCAUCGUAGACAAGGAGGGCAAGAACCUGUUUGCCCGCGGCGAAGAGGACAAGAACGCCCUAUACUCAGAUAUCCGAUACCUAUCAGACUUGGGAAGGCAUUUCCUAGCAGGCUUGAUCGACGGUCUUCCGGAUAUCAUGCCCAUUCUGGCGCCAAACGUCAACAGCUACAAGCGUUUGGUAGAGAACUUCUGGGCACCAGUCACAGUAUCAUGGGGCCUUGAGCAUCGCGCAGCAUCCAUCCGUCUGAUUGCGCCACCUACCGCAUCCCCCAAGGCAACGCGCUUCGAAGUGCGCGUCCCUGGCGCCGAUACAAACCCACACUUUGUGCUCGCAGCUAUUCUAGCUCUCGGCUGGCGAGGAAUUGAGAAGAAGAUGGAGAUAGGCAUUCCGCCGCUAGGCAAGGGCGAGGAUGUCGGUAGUACAGCAGACAAGGGCGAGCGGCUAGCGAAGAGCUUGAAAGAAGCGACAGAGCGCUUUAUGCGCAAAGAGAGCAUAGCAAGAGAAGUCUUUGGUGAUGAAUUCGUCGACCACUUUGGCGGCUCAAGACAGCACGAGAUCCGUCUCUGGGACGAGGCGGUUACGGACUGGGAGGUUAGACGGUACAUUGAGACUGUCUAG